UACGAGAAAAUUUUCAUAUAAAUCCGACUGGUGAUCCAGGCUCAUCGGACUUGGCAACCCAAACGCAUCACGCAAAGCACUGCUUUCAACUCUUUUACUCAAAAGCGUCUCUAGACUCAACAACCUACUGUUCCUUUGUAUCACCGCCAAAUAAUGACCAAGCUCAUCGCUAUUACCGGUGCCACUGGCCUCCAGGGAGGCAGCGUUCUCAAGUCUCUGCACGCGACAGGCGCCUACAAACUCCGCGCUAUCACACGCAAUACCUCCAGCGAUAAGGUCAAAGCCCUCAAGACCAAGUACCGAGACGUUGAAUGGGCUGAAGCUGACCUCGACAGCGGUGCCUCUCUUGUCAAGGCGUUCCAGGGCGCUGACUAUGUCUUCGGCGUCACCCAGUUCUUCCAGCCUGGCGUCAUGGACAAGGCCUUGGAGGGUGAUACUGAUGCCGAGUUUAGGCAGGGAAAGAACAUGGUCGACGCUGCGAUCGAGGCCAAGGUCGGCGCAAUGAUCUACAGCAGUCUGGACUCGAUGAAGCAGCUGUCCGGCGGCAAGUACCCCGGUGUGCUGCAUUUCGAAGGCAAGCACAAGAUCGAGGAGUACCUGAACAGCAAGUCUGACAAGAUCAGCCCGUUCUUUGUCUACUUGGGGUACUACAUGGAGAACUACGUGGACUUUUCGCGUAUUUCGCCAGAGGACAACACGACUGUUGAGUUCGCCAUGCCUCUCCUGCCUACGACGAGGGUUCCUCUUGUUGAUACUGCCAAUGACACAGGUGUCGUCGUGCGCUAUAUUAUUGAGCACCCUGAGGAAUGCCGUGGCAAGCCAAUGGAAGCCAGCGGUGGGUACUACGAGGCACAGGAGAUGGCCAAGGCAUAUACUGAGGCUACGGGAAAGCCUGCCCGGUACGUCCAGAUCCCGUACGAGGCAGUGGGUUUGGACGAACUUGCGCAAAUGUUCAAGGGGCUUAACGAGUUUGGCUUGUUUGGAGGCAGAACCGGGUUCCUCAGCCGUGGCUAUUCGGCAGCAGGUGGAUUCACUACCCCAGUCCAGUUCUGGAAGAACCGCAACUGGAGCGGCCCUUCCUCUGCCUAAGCACCUUUGGUCGCCUCACAUAUAACAUAAAAAUGAAUAAUCAGGUCAAUAUACUUAUUCCUUAC